AAUAAAUGAAAAUCUAUUUUUAGACCUGAUCAGCAUGAACAAGGUAAUAAAGGGAGGCUUCUGGUGAGGAAUGCGGCUCUGCGGCCCAGAUGCUGCGCAGAGUCACGGCGGCGCGGUCAGGAACGUGUCACGUGACGUGAGCGGCGUCCCGGGAGCUGGACGUCUGGACAGCGUCCUGGGCAGCUCAUUACUCCCACCCUGCGGCUCGCCCGCCUCCAGAUGUGCAUCUGCAUCCCAGCUGGCCGCGCGGGCCGUCGAGAUGCAGGCCUUCCUGCCGCUGGGCUGCUGCGUCAUCGCGCUCACGCAGUGCUGCCUUGGCUCCGCCCACAUGAUCCCUGACGACAGGCUGUCCACCAAUCGGGUCGUUGCGUCCAACGCUCUGUCUCACAGCCUGCAGGUCGACCCGCCUCCUGUUGUUAUUGUGGAAUUGAACAAAUCCACCAGGAAGAAGGAAAAAGGAAGGAAGCAGAAAAAGAAUAAGUUUGCGAGGAAGCGGCCGCCUCCUCCGCCGGACUGCGUCCCGCUCUGGGGAAGCUGCAAAGCUCCCGGCAACGUUUGCUGCGACUUCUGCGCGUUCUGCCAGUGCCGGCUGUUUAAGACGGUGUGUUUGUGCCGGAUGGGGAACCCGCGCUGCUGAGCGGCUGCCGCUGCUUCAGGAAACCUCCUGCAGCGACUCGGUUUGUAACUUUGCCUAAAGUGAAGCACUUUAUGACGAGGUCGGAGCCGCGCCGAGCGAACGCAGCAGGCUUUUCGCACUGAUUCCCGUCUGGAUGGUACUUUAGCUAUCAACAUGUUUAUGGCACACGCAACAAUAAAAAACCUUCGUGGCCAAUCCA